UGUUUCAAUACUAUUAUUAUAUUUGAAUAACUAAAAUAAAUAAAUAAAGUGUUGUUUCCCCCUGUGUUAGGUUUAUGGUUCGCGCCAAUGGUAGGGAAGGGGAUGCUGCAGGGUGCUGUUUGUUUUCUCUAGUCAAUCUCUGUUGAGUGGUCUGAGUGUUGUUUCUUGAUUAGACUGUGUCUCAGAAAGACGGGUUCGUUAAAUUACUUUAUCAAGAGCAACAGUACAUAGUGUACCGGCCAUGGCUCUAUGCGGGGGUGUUGGAGCCUCGGCCUUGCCCAGCGAGCUGAUAGUCCACAUCUUCUCCUUCUUGUCGGCCCGGGAUAAGCUGUGGGCCUCGGCUGUGUGCUCCCGUUGGAGGGAGUGUCUCUUUUACCCAGCGCUGUGGCCCCAGCUCAAGCUGCGGCUCGGCAGAGGCACUGGCGGGGCAGGCUCCAGCUCUGACGAGACACCCAGGCUGGAGUUUCUCAUGCGGAAGUUUGGCUCGUUUGUUCGUGAGCUGCAGCUGGAGUUUACCCCUGUCGAAGGCUACCCUGUCCGCUGGAGGGAUUCCCUGAACAACUACCUGGAUCAGGUGUUGUGCGUGCUGAGGAGUCUGAAAAAUAACAGGAAUCUACAGAAGUUGAGCAUGUAUGGAGACACAUGCAUCCUCCAGGAGGAAGGGAUUCUAGACAGCACCCAUCUCACCCAGGUGGACCAGGGAAGCAAGAAAAUUAAAGAGAUAAAGCAGCUGUUUGAAGAGACCCUGGCCAGCAGCAGGCAGCUGAAAUGGCUGUCUUCUGCAUUCAUGCUGGGUAUGGUUACCCCUAACUCUCUGUCGACAAUGUCCAACCUCAGUGCCAACUCCCUGGAGCAUCUGAGUCUGCUGGACAACCAGGCCCCACCCCUUAUUCCAUCUAUCGAGUUGGGGCGCCUGCUUAACCUGCACUCCCUAGCCUUGGACUUCUGUGACUUCACCUCUGAGAUGUGCCAGGUACUCUCCAACAGUGACCACGUGCCUUUGCACCGACUCUCCCUCGUGCUGCACGGCACAGUGUUGCACAAUAAACCACUGGACAUCACGCCUGGCGAGGUGGAUUGGCAGGCUCUAGUCCGCCACAGUGCCAAUUUGCGGGUGUACAUCAUGGCACUGGAUGUGCACAGCCAAGAUCUGCUGAGUGUACUGAAGCCUAGCCUGCCCCUGGAGAGGAUUCACUUUGACAGCUACUCCACCUGCGCCUCUGAGGCUGCCCUGGAUCUCAUUUCCAGGCAGUACUGCAAGACCCUCUCCCACUUCAUCCUCGUGAGGGACCUGAUGGAGAGGGAUGACACCGGCUUCCCUGACCUCAGUGAGAACCGCAACGAGGACCCCUUGGUCCUCCUCGCCUGGAGGUGCACGCAUCUCUCUCUCCUCAUCAUUCAUGGUUACACUGUGUGGGCUCACAAUUUGAUUGCGAUAUCUCGGCUCCGUGGCUCCAACUUGAAGGUGCUGGCAGUAUCUGAGGAGAGCAUCGACUUUGACCAGGAUCAGCUGCUGUUCCAGGAUGAGGACCCCAUCCACAACCUGAUCGAGGAGGUGUCCUUGGGCCUUAGUCGACCCUGGAACCCCAUGAUGGACACCAACAUCGUCCUCAGUGAACCAACACAGCACUUCUUCCGGGAGAUGCAGCGUUUUAGCGAGGGCAUUUAGCUCGUUCUCCAUGUGGCUCCUUUAGACAAAUAAGGGCCACAUCUUUUUCAUUAUUCUUAAUUAUUAUUUUUGUUUUCCUGUAGUGUGAACUAACAAUUUAUGUGCUGUGUUUAAUCAGUGUUAGCUCUAUAUUUAUAUCUAUCUAUAUAUCUUGCUUUUUAAUCGGAGAGUAUAGUCGGGUAUUGGUUUAGCAGCUAAUGAGUGAAUGUGAGGGAAGGGGUUUCAUGGCUAGCUAGCAAAAUGUUUGGACGAGUGAUUCUUCAUAGGGUUUUUAGAGCAGUCAUAAACUAGUAAGCGCCUAGUCUACCAUUAGUAUAUCCGUCCCUGCAACUUAAAUGAUUGUGAUCCUGUUCUGUGCUUGUCUUCCAGUGAAGGAAGGAAGACUGAUGUAAACUGGUACUGUCCUGUCCUUCAGCCAUCCUAAACAUUUUCUAAGGUGUUGCUGAACUUAGGCAGAGGAACCUGAUGACUCCAUUCGAUAUUUACGAGUAUGUGGUUAUGUUUUUAACCUUCAUUCCCAGGUCACUGUCAAGAGUUGCAGUCUACAAGAAGUGAUGGGCAGAGCUGGGAUCUAAACUUUCAACCUGCUCUGCCGCACUUGGGUCAGUAGUUUUUUAGACUCAUUUUACCUCUCUUACAGAUCAGAUAUUGUGGAAGCAGCCUAUUUUCAAUGCUGUCUCAGAAAGGCAGCACAGUGCUAGCUGUAUGACGCAAUUUAUUUAUUGGUCUUGAGUCACAGUUGCCUUGGAUAUCCAGUUGUUUCUAUAAACUGCUGAUCUUCUGCCUGUUACAGGUCCUGCCAGUAGUCUGCGAGUAUGUUAUCUGCCAGCAUUCUUCAAAACAAGUUCAAAAUAUGACUAAAAUUAUUUAACAUCAUAAAAUGUCAGGUAACAGCAAGAGUGAGCUAUUUAAUGUUUGUGUACGUGUGAGUUGGUUAUCUGAGGUCAGUUGUCCUGCAAUUGAAAUUUAAUUUAUUAAACUACCUUUGUUCUAAACAACCAGUUAAAUAGAACAUAUGCACUUCUUUGGUACCAGUACUGUUCACACUGACUUCAUAGGCAAAGGCCUCUUACUGCAAAGAAUGAUGAAUGCUUUAAGGAAACUUUAUUUUUUUUUUUGCAGUUUUUAAAAUCUUCUAAGGAAUGAAAUACGUGUAUACUUUUGUUUGUUGCAGUUUAAACUUAUACUAAUUGAUCAUGCUGUGCCACAUUCCAGAAAGUUUAUUCAUAUAACCAAUAUUAUCUGUUUUGUUUUCAAUUGCAUUUAGUUUUGUGAGUUAAAUAUAAGUGAUGAUAGUCUAAGAAUAUACAAACGCUUCAAUGUGUUUUGCUAGGAGUAGAAAUGCAAGAGUUAAUGAUAGAGGUUUGCCUGAUGGAAAUCUAUCAAAUCUUACCAGUGAACAAUGAGCAACAAUCUUUCUCAGGGUUACUGUUAGACUAAGGGGUGGGAGAGGAGUUUAAGUACUCAGGCCUGUGAUUUGAAAGCUAGUCGUGAAAACCCCUUCUCAACAAGUUACUGGAUUUUAAUUCUGUCAGCGCCUGUGUUCGCUGCCAAAGAUAAUGGUAAUAAAAACCUUAUGAAGUGCCCACAUACUGGCAGGGGCAGACCAAGGGCUGGUCAGCCAGGGUAUACUGCUAGAUUUACGUACUAAGAAGUCAAAGUUCGACCUGUGUGGGACACAGCUGUGCUGUGGCUUGGUCAACUACUUUAGAACUAUUUAACCAUGCACCUGUUUCACUGUGAAGAGUGAAUGUAAUUCAUGAAAACAACUGAAACCGUUGGUUCUAUCAAACCUGUAAGCUGCUAUGAAAUGUAAAGGAACAUUCCACUGGGGAGUUGAAAGGCCAAAUGUCUGCAUGAAAUCAUUUUUAUUUUUUUAUUUGUUCUGUUAGAAAGGGGUCCAAAAGCAUCCAGAUAACUGGUCUAUCACAAGUGACUACAAUUUUUAAAAUGCAGUCCUAAAAAGGGGGGGGGGGGGGGGGGGUAGUGUUACCAUUAAGGUAGAUGA